CUCUCCCCUCCGCGCUCCGGCCCCUUUAAGUCCGAGGCAAAACUUUCAGCGGGGAGGACAUUGCUCUUCCCAACUUUGAACCUCCCCCGUCCGAGGCAACGCCAGCAUCUGCAGUCCCUCGUUUUAACGAGCUGGGACUACAGCGGGGCUGCGGAGAAGAGCUUGUGGGGCGCUCAGUGGCCGCGGCCCUGCGCCCGCUCUGCCGAAAAACUCGGCGAAGCUUCUCACGGGGGCGCUGAGCCGCGCCGGCCGCGCUCGGCCUCCGCGCCCCUCCGCACUCCUCCGCGCUCUGCUUGCCCCGGUUUUCCCAGGCUGCAGCUGCGAGGACUCAGCCCUUAACUCGUCUUCUGGCCAUCUCCCAGCAAGGAUAUGGCUUCAAAUGAAAGAGAAAUUGUGGUUUGGGUUUGCCAGGAGGAGAAGAUUGUAUGUGGCCUGACAAAGCGCACAACUUGUGCCGAAGUGAUUCAAGCUCUACUAGAGGAACAUCAAGCAACAUUUGGAGAGAAAAAGGUCCUUUUUGGGAAACCUAGUGAUUACUGUAUUAUAGAAAAAUGGAGAGGUUCCGAGCGAGUCCUUCCUCCUCUGACAAAGAUCCUGAGACUUUGGAAGGCCUGGGGAGAAGAGCAGCCUAAUUUGCACUUUGUGUUGGUAAAGUCCGAUGCUUUCCUCUCAUUUCCGCUGUGGAAGACAGCUGAAGCUAAGGUAGUACAAAAUGUAGAAAAACAGUGGGAGCUCAGUCCAGCAAAUUACAUGAAGAUGUUGCCAAUAGACAAGCAAAAGAAAAUUGUCAGGAAGACUUUCCGGAAACUGGCCAAACUUAAACAGGACAGCGUUCAGCAAGAGAGAGAUAAUAUGGAGACAUUGAUUCAUCUGAUCAUUUCUCAAGAUCAUACGAUUCAUCAGCAAGUCCUUAGAAUGAAGGAACUAGAUAUGGAAAUUGAAAAAUGUGAAGCUAAAUUCCAUCUAGAUCGUGUAGCCAACGAUGGAGAAAAUUAUGUGCAGGACUCUUAUUUAAUGGCCAAUCCAAAUGAUGCUGAGCAGCAAGGGAAUAGACCAGAUGAUCAAAAAGAGAUGCAUGAGUAUUUGAAUAAAAGUGAGGGAAUAUUGCAGGUUGAAGAGCGAUUGAAACAUCACAAACAAUUAAUAGAAAAGCUUUGUGCUGAAAUUGAAGAAGAGGUACGUGGUAUAUGCACAGAAAGAAAUGGAGAUGAUGUGCACACAGAAGGAGCUGCUAAUGCUGAACUGGAAAACUCAGAUUUGGAAAGUGUAAAAUGUGAGCUGGAAAAAAGUAUGAAAGAUGGUCUGAGAAUCAGUUCGUACUUGAGCUGCGUUCAGAAAGAGCUUACGUACAGGGACUCACUGCUUCAAAAGAAGGAAAAAGAAUAUGAACUUCUUGCAGAAGAAUUUAAUUUACUACAUGUUAAAGACAACGUGGAAGCCAAGCUUCCGUCAAAUGAAGAGCCAUCCAAGGGCACUGGCAUCUCCAGCAUUGCAGUUCCUGACUUUGUUCACAGAGUGACUAAUUUGGACAUAAAUGAUACAGACUCUGACACCGGAAUCAGCUCUACCCACAGUCAGGACUCUGAAAUAACUUCAGGGGACAUGGUCCUGUUAUCGACAUAGUUGAAAACAGUCACACAUUUAUAAAAAAGUCAUCUUUUGGAGGAUAUUUAUAAGCCUUAGUAACCUUAUUGUCUUCAGAGUUCAGUCCUUUAAGGUGUUAGAACUGUGGCACCAAACUAGCAACGCAAACAGUGUCUAUUUAUGUGCUUAAAAUUAUACUUGUGCUUAAAUGCAUGGGCAGUCUCAUGGGUUAACUGCUAGUAGGUGCAAGAUUGUUAACUUUGCUGAAUCAGAACAGUGUUUAGACCUUGUAAAAUUGAUAUUCCGUGAAACAGGAGCAUUCUGAUUGGCUUGGACCAAAAGUCUGGGUUUGAUAUCCCCUAAUCUUUGGGUCCGCCUCUACAUCUCUGUAACUUUUUAGGAAUGUGAAUUAGAGAAUAGCUCUAACUAGACAGCUUGAUUUUCUGCUCUGUUACAUUAGCUUUAUUCAGCUGGAGUUUUCCUGGCACAAAGCUGCUGUAAAGGUGUGUAUAAUCAAGCAUAUAAUCUAUUUAAAAUUAGUUUUUAUGAUACUAGGACAAAAAAAGGCAAUUGCUUUUAUGCUGUAUUUUUAAACUUAGUUUUGAGUUAUCAGGAUGACAUGUUCAAAAACGCCUAAGUCCCAUUUAAAAAAUGACUUUACACACAUAGGUUUUUAAUUUCCCUUCUCUUUCAGAAGCAUCCAGCCACUACUAAGAUCCCUAACAGCCCUACUCAUCUGCUGUCACCCUGUAGUUGCCCCAGUGAUGGUUAAGUCCACCUAGUUUCUGCCAGUGAGCAUGUCAGAACCACCUAUGGCCUGUUUCUGCAAGCUACUCAGAUCCCUAGCUCACACCUAAGCCCCAGGGGCAUUUUCACCAAGGAGUUCUUCUGCCUGUCCCACCGGCAAGAUCCAGUCUCUUAGACCUCCUCCGACCACGACUACCAAAUCAAGCACAACACAAGAGACGGGCAGGAAGGAGACAGUUUUGGCUCUGGCUGGAUGCUGUUUCCCAAUGUCCAGGUUGUUAAGGUUUUCAAAUAAGAGGUAGACUGUCAAAUCCUGUUUCAUACUGAUUUGGAAUACGGACAUGAACCUGUGUUUCCUGCUUCCUCGGUGAGGGCUUCAGGAUAUGCAGCAAAUCUCAUCUUUCCUGCUAAAACUGAUCCACUUUAUAUAGCUAAUUAAAUACUGGGGCAUGGAAAAUGAUGUACAAAAGGUGAGAAUUUUACGACUAUGUGGUUAAGUCAAAUGAUGUCACCUAGGAUGUUGCAGUUAAACUCAAAUCCUUCUCCAGUUAGUUUCUGAAAGUCCCAAGUUGAGCUGUAUAAGUUUCCUCGGUUACUGAAUGAGAUUUCUAACUCUGAACUAGAGACUGCUAACAGGGGAAUGUGAAUAAUUUCUGGGUUGUGCACUGAAGGUUACCAUGUUCAUAUUUUGCAGAUCAAUCUUUUUAACUUUUGAAAACUUAUUCUAAAAUCUGAUUAAAUUAAUUAGAUGAAGAAACAAUGUCUCCUAAACAAAGUUUAGCUCCAGCAAAGUUCAAACAGGUCCUGGAAUUAAAAGCCCACAGAGUAAAUGAAAAGACAGUACCUAGAUGGUAUAAAUGUAAAAUAAUUUCAGAUACACUGUUUUUAUUUCCUAUAUUUUGGACUAUUUUGGACUUUGGUAAUGUCUGUAUUUCUUCCCUUACAUGUCUGACAACUAUCUGUUUUCUAAAAUGACCAAACUGCUAGGACUGCUGACUAGCACAUAUUCGACGUGGAGAAAAUCUUUUCUAAAAAGCCAAUUUUUGUGUAUUUUUAAGAUUUUUGAAUCCUGGAUAUUUUAAAGAGAGUUUCUGUUCCAGGAAUGUGUGCUAGCUGCCUUAAUAUAUUUUAUGUUAUGUUUUUAUCGUACAAUGUUAUUUGAACACUUCAAUAAUAAUGUCAUAUUUAGACUCAUUGGUUCCUGAUGGAAACUCAUGUAUCAAAUAUACUAUCUUAACUUUGUAAUAAUUUAUUAACGCAACUCAGCAUCUUUUGAACUCUGUGGUAUCACUCUGACAAGUCGAAAGCACAGAUUUCUGAAUGUUGAGAGUAGGCUAAUGUAUUCUAUGAGUUCUUGUGAAUUUAGUUAACAGUUAUUUCUAAAGAGUCUUUUUUUUAUAUAUACAUAUAGAAGUAACUUGGGAGUAUAGAAUUCAAAGAGAAUAAUAUUCACUGCUGUGCAGGCCAGUACAAAACCUAUGGGGGAAGUAAUUUCCACUCACCAUCUACCAGUUGUUUUUCACCCACAGGAAUUUGUACUGUUCUCCAAAGUGAUUUUCAUCCAUACUAUGUGCUUGACUGUACAUUCCCUGCAAUGUGUAGACUUUAAGGGUAUUAUUGUGUUUUAAUAAGCAAAUGGGAAGAAUAGGCUGGGAGACAGUAUUUCUUAAAAAAAAAUAAAAAUUAAAAAAUCCA